GAUGCUUACCAUGUACUGUGUAUUGCUUGUGCCAAAGAUCUGGACGUGUGUUGCAAGUGUGGCAAAAAGGAGGAGAUUGUUGCUCACAAAAAACCCACAGAAAUGGAGCAGCUGCAGGCAAUGGCACAGCUUGAGGCAGAAGUGAACACUCUCUCAGAACGCAGGCGCCGAGCAUAUUACAGAUAUGUUGAUAAACUUAAAGGUAAAAAGAAGAAGAAGGUGAAGAAAGAAACAACAGAUGAUACAGGAAGUGAAACAGUUGAGAACAAAGAAGAAAAUGCAGAGUCGACACCCCUCUCCUUAGAUGAAUUCAUGAGAAACGCUCAACACAAACUUGAUGAAUUAAAGAAGGGAAUGGCUGAUGGAGAUGACUUGUUUGAUGAAUUAGAAAACUUGAGUAUUGGCAGUGAUGAUGAUAGUGAUGAUGAAUAGGGAUGAUGAUAUUGAGGAUUUUGUUUAAUAAAUUAAAAGAUUUAUGUAUUGGUAGUGAUAAUGAUAGGAUUAAGCAAAUAAGUUACGUUUUUACAGUAAAUUAUCAAUAAUAGCACCUUUCUUACACAAGAAAGUAAUGUUUUUUGUAAAUGUAAUAAUAAUUGAAUACUUAUCAAAUGUGUAGUGAGUGCACACUACAGCAAUGUUAUCAAAUAAAGACGAAAAUAAUACCUUCUCUGUGGACAAUUUACAGCAUUUUUCCAACAGAUAUGUGUAGUUUUUUUGCAUUUUUUUUAACUCAGAGGUUGUCUCCUGCCAGUAUAUGGUGACCCAGAGUGGAAAACAUCCACCAUCAUUCGUUCAGUUGUCAUCUUUUCAGGAGUGUGCUGAUGUAAUGGUUAGAUUACCCCUCUGAAUGCAACAACCCUGCCCUUCCUUCAGAUUGCAGGCGCACUCCUUUCCACCUCCAUGACUCAAGUCCAACUAAUUGGUCUCUCUGAAGUCCUUCAUAAAAGUUACCUUGCUCACACUCCAACAGCAAGUUCAUUAAGAACCACUUAUCUCCAUUCACUCCUCCCCUCAAAGGAGGUUCCUUGAUGCUGAUGAGAGGCUCUUGUUCUAGGGAAUUGGAUAUGUGCUCCAGUUCCCUGAAUUGAGACUAUAUGCCUUCAAUCCCCGCCCCCACAGGUGCUGUAUAAUCCCUACAGGUUUAGUGGUCCCUCAUGAUUGUAAUAAUCCAUUGACUCCUAACAUGCUCACACAGGCCUGCUGGAUUCUCAAUCCCUUAAGGCUUAAAACCUCUUUUACCCCCUCCCAUCCAGUCAUUCCUGGGUUGAUCCCUGUCAACCUCAAUCCAUAUCUACCUGCCAAACCACCUUGACAACCCCUCAACCCUCCAUAUAUCUGAAUUUAAAUUUAUUUUCAAUAUUAAGCCCUUAGGUGAAGCUUCAGGAGUAGAAUAGGCUCUCAAAAUCUUUUACAGGCCUAUUGCUUUUGAUCUAAGGAAUUGGAGCCUCCCUUCCCCUUGGAUCAAACAGAUUACCUCCUAUUUCCCAGGGGCUCUAUAAGCUCUAGGGGUUGAAUGCUUCCCCAUGAUAAGUAACAACAGUAGUAAUAGUAAUAAUAAUUGUAGUAAUAAUGUUUGUGACGUCUGUUCACUUCUGGCAAGACAGCUAUUGACUGAAUGAUAGUAAAUGAUUUCUCUUUGUUUAGGUCAUUCAAUCUUGGCAAGAGACAGCCUGUGUAAGAAUAAUAAUAAUAAUAAUAUUCCAUGGGGAAGUGGAACAGAAUUCUUCCUCCGUAAGCCUUGCGUGUCAUAAAAGGCGACUAAAAUGCCGGGAGUAAGGGACCAGUAACUCCUUCUCCUGUAUAUAUUACUAAAUUUAAAAAGAUAAUUUUUUUUUUUUGGGGGGGGGGGCCACCCUGCCUCGGUGGGAUAUGGCCGGUGUGUUGAAAGAAGAAGAAUUAAUAAUAUAGUAAUUAUUAUUGUUCUAUAAGAGAGGAAAUCAGUAUAGGUGAGAACAUUAUUAUAUAUUGUAUAUUGUUUGGUGGUGGAGAAUUUAUUAAUUACUAACCUUCAAAGUGGUGCCUCAAUGCUCCUGAAGGGCUCUUGAUUUAACCCGUAAACGGUCCAAACGUAUAUAUACGUUUUUACAACAUU